AUGGCAAACAUCAAGUACGUAAAGAAACGCUCUGGCGACGAACAGCAGCCCCAAGCAGCGCCAGUAGUACGCGACUUCGCCAUGCGCCCUAGCAGGACCUCUCAGCGCGCAGCAGCUUCUGAACCCGAACCUGAGCCCACACAUGUCCCUCAGAAGCCAGCGGCGUUCCCUUCGCUACCAGCCAACACUCCACCACCGCCGUUUGACCCGAAAUUCUCGGGUCAUGGUAUGAGAGAGCUGAUGGCGGCUAUCGAGACCGGCGACAAGACGCGCAUGGAACACAUCAAAGACCACUUCAAGAUUGAAUACGAGGCGGGUAAAGAUCCCUGGUAUGUGGCCUUGAGGCGUCGCUGGGACCCUAAGAUGGUCGAUUCCAAGACCAUCAUCGAGCAGAUAAAGGACGACUUCAUUCCCGGCACCUAUAUCAGUCGCUUCUACCCCGUAUGCUGCAUCCUGGGCCUCUCCAAGGCGAAGCUGGAUACGAUUAUGGCAGAGAACGCCGCAGUAUGGGAGACCGAGGCUGAGAUCCCACAAUACUUCAAAGACUACAGAAAACGAUACUCCAAUGCCAUCAUCGAUCCGGAUGAGCCUCCCCCCACCGAAGUAGUGAGGGCGAUCAGGUUCUUGAGACAGCAGAGGCUUCCUGUUAGUUUGUUGGGCGAGUGGCAGGCACUGCCGGGACCUGAAGCGUUUCAUCAGCCUUCAGAUAAUGAAGUAGCAGAAUCAAUGGAUGAAGUUAACCCGGUUUUCCGUUCUCAAAAGCGUAAAAGUAAACAACCAAACCACCUUUCGUGGAGACAGACCCGCAAGCUGUUAAAACGUGCUGAAGGACGGGAGGUUCGACAAGCCGCAGAAAGGCAAGAAGCAUCUAAAAAGCGGCGGCAAGAGCGAUGCCAAAAGUGUGACAAGGAAGGCCAUACAUUGUUGGAACUCGACGAGAGAGGAGUAUAUAAAUGUCCCGCGCGCCGACAAGAAGUCCUGCAACACCAGACAGAAGUCGACACCCUCCGCGCACAAGGCAACGCUGAAUAUGCAGCGCUCGAUCAACCCCCCGGUCCCAUGGACGCCGCCCCACUCCUCGAAUACUUUCACAAAUUGAAAGCCAACCCAAACUCAAAUCCAUGCCUCGCCCGGCAAGCAAACCCAGCCGCACACAAUCCAUACAUGUCUACAGACCCCAGAGACCCAUUCUAUCUACUAGAUUGCUUCGGACAACUUCUGACCCCUCCACCGAGUCCCUUUACCAAAGCGGGUUCAGCGAAAAGCAGUUUCUCAGGCAGUCUCUCAGACAUGGGGGAGCGCUAUAGCACACCGUCCCCACUGCUACAAGAAUUGUCCGCGUACACACUGCCAGAUCCGCCCGUUUGGCCGAAUACGGAUCACUUAGCUGGUGUACGUAUGCCUGUGCAAGAACAACAACAACAACAACAAACCUCGCAGCAAUCUGGACCGGCGCGACACGUACCGGCGCAACACGUACCGGCGCAACACGUACCGGCGCAACAAAUUUCGGCACAGAAUCUACCGGCACAGCAUCCACAAGCACAACCCAUACUAGCACCCCACAUACCCAAGAAACGCGGCCCAUAUAAGACAAAGGACAAGUCUCUCAAAGCGGCUAGUAUCUCGCCGAUCAAUAGAGUGGUUGGUAGAGGUGGUAUGGUCAGUUUGGGUCACUCGAAAGAAGUGACGGAUAUGCUCAAGGCACAGGCAGAGGCGCACGCACAAGCACAAGUCCAAGCCCAAGUACAAACACCGGUGCAAACACAACUUCAAGCACAAGUCCAACUCCAACCCCAAGCACCGGCACAGCCUCGGAACGAGGAAGUACAGAAGGAAGUUGAGACGAAGCUAGAUACGCCGCUGUUAACAGAUACCACGUUGAUAGAUGAGGAGAAGCCGGUAGAUGGAGGUGCGGUACUGCCGCCGUGUCCGUUUACGAAUCCGACGGAGACGGCGGCGGCGACGGCGCAAGAGCAGGGAGGUGUGUCGAUGGUGGGUAAGACGGCGGAUGGCCGUGAGAAGGGAAAGGGAAGGGCGGUGCAGAUAUAG